AUGCAGGUUUCCUGCAUCCCUUUAGAGGAAAACAAUGGAAAAAUCAUACAUAUAAACUGCCCGCUACAAGAUCAGGAAAUAUUUUAUGCCCCACCGGAAUUCAGUAGUAACAUCUACUCAUUUCGAGGCGUCUUCUUCGAAAUAAAAGUGGAGAUGUACCAGUGGGUGAGGGGGUAUGGGUACUUGGGGUUUAGAAAAAAUCCUGAGUACAUGCCGGCAAUCGGAAAUGUCGGGAGAAAGGUGAGCGAUGUCGCACGGGCAACGGCGUGUGUCCGUAAAAAAAAGUUGGACUUAGUGGAUGACGGCUGGUUCACCGAGUCGGAAAUAAAACCUCCUUUCACCCUCGACCACUUAAACACGAACGUUUAUGAUAAUUAUUUGUACACUGGAGAUCCUCUGAACCCACAAGUCGGCGAUGUGCGCGUGUCCUUUUACGGAAGCGCGUCUACGCACGCGACGAUCAUCGGAGUUCAGCGGUCUAGGCUGCUAAAUACGAUAUUUGAAAUUGAAGGAGUUGACAUCAUGAAGCAGAAAGUUGUCCUACUUUCCGAGGAUAACAAAAUAAUGAUUAACCAGACCAAAGAUUUUAUCCAAAGGAAUUACGGCAACAUCAAGUCGCUGUGGUUGAUAAGGCUGAUUACCUACGCGAUGGUGUCCUUUCAGAUAUUUUCUCUUCUAGACUACUCGAGGAAUGCCCUCUGGAAACUGAGCACAAGUCUAGUUAUGUCUGGAAUGGUUCUGUCCGUCUUCCCAUGCAUUUUCUGGUUUUUCUGUGACACAGUAGUAUUUUUAUUUCUAUUCGUCUUUCUUUUUUUCCUCUCUGUGUGUUUAUUUUUCAUUUACAACAACGACAUGCACAGUGGGUACACCGAAAUGAAGAAUUACAUGAAGAAAGCCGCCACGGAACCCACGAAUUACACGUUUUUAGAUGUAGCAAAUGCCUGCUCAGACAUAUAUGAAGAUUAUGAUGAUGUAGGGAAAGACAAGAUCAACACCGUUUUUGAAUCCAGUAGCGACGGUUCUUUUUACAAUUCCGUCGACAAGCAUAACUUCUCCAAGUUUGAUUCUUCCCCCGCCGGGAUGUAUCACUAG